GUGAACUCACAGAGAUGGACUGCAGCUCCUCAGAAAUGGAGACGUCUGCGGAAGACUUCUUGGUGAACAUCAAGCGCAGCCCGUCCCCGGCCAAGGACAGCUGUCAGAAGCCAGGGUCACAUGACUGGUGGAUGUACCCUCACAGUGCAGGAAUGCAUGGAGUGGAAGGUUAUAACGUGUAUCCGAAUGAACCGGUCCCUCCCGGGUUUUCACAGAUGAUCAUCCACUUCUACUACGGAGGGAAAGCGGUCAGCCAAGUGACGACGACGCGUGUGGAAGGGUGUCGCCUCUCCUUGCACCCGCCCAUCAGCACUGAAAAGUAUUACCCGUUAGAAGGAUUCGAAAACAUCCAGUUCCCUCCGGCGGAAUACAUCAUGAGCGAGCGCCAGCGGCAGAUCACCAAGAAGCUGUUCGGACACCUGGAGAGGGGGGGUCAUCCUACUCAGCAACCGGCAGGGAAUCUUCAUCAAGAGGCUGUGCCAGGGCCGGGUGUUCUGGAGCGGGAACUGCAUGCCGUACAAAGACCGGCCGGCCAAGCUGGAGAGGGACGAGGUCACCAAGAUCUUCGACACCAAUCAGUACAUUUAAGAGACUUCCAACAUUGUUACUCCAAUCAGAUGAGACUCCCAGACAGCAAAGUGACGCUGUGCUUCGGGGAGGAGUUUCCUGACGCCACGCCGCUGCAUAUGAAGCUCAUCAUCGUACAGGUCGAACAGCUCGGCUUGAGGCAGCUGCUGGAAUCUUCUACCAAAAACUACAACAUGGCCGGAUUGCACUUGGUCCCUGACUCUCAAAUGGACUCCAUCCAACGUCACCUCCCGGAUCCCUGCACCACCCACCAGAGGGCGUUCUACCGGGACACCCCGCAGAUCACCGUCUGA